AUGGCGGAUGAUGGUAACAGAAAUGUCGGCAUUCCUGGCAGUGUCAAAUUAACCAAGGAUGCCAAAAAUUUAAUUGGUAUCAGUAUUGGAGGUGGUGCGCCGUUAUGCCCUUGCUUAUACGUUGUACAAGUCUUUGAUAAUACACCUGCUGCUAAAGAUGCCACAUUAAGUGCCGGCGAUGAAAUUGUCGGAGUCAACAACAUCUCGGUCAAAGGCAAAACUAAAGUAGAAGUAGCUAAAAAUAUUCAAGCAAUCAAGGGUGAAGUAACCAUAAAUUAUGUUAAACUACAAGGCGAUCCAAAGCAAGGAAAAACACUAGACAUAGUCUUGAAAAAAGUCAAACAUCGCAUUGUAGAAAAUAUGAGUUCUUCCACUGCUGACUCUCUUGGCUUGAGCAGAGCUAUCUUAUGCAAUGACACCCUUGUCAAGCGUUUGGAAGAAUUACAACAAAAUUCUAGUAUUUAUUUAGGCUUGAUCGAGAGAGCUAGAGCAAUGAUGAAAAGUACAGCUAAGUUAAUUGCUGCUCAUAAAGCAUUUGGCGAAGCUUUUGCUGCAAUCGGUGUAAAAGAACCACAAGCAAAUGCGAGCUUGGCUUUCUCAAGAUUUGGAGAAGCUCAUCGUAAUCUAGAGAGAUUUGGAACGCAGCUGCUUCGAAACAUUGCACCGAUCGUGACUGACCUGAUGACCUACUUGAGUAAGGCAAUUCCGGAUACUCGGUUGACGAUUAAGAAAUACGCCGAUGUUAAAUUUGAAUAUCUGGCUUAUUGCUUAAAAGUCAAGGAAAUGGAUGAUGAAGAAUAUGGUUACGCGGCGAUGCAUGAGUCUUUAUACCGAGUUGAAACGGGCAAUUACGAAUACAGGCUGGUACUAAGAUGCCGACAUGACGCUAGAGUACGGUUUGCGAAACUUAGGCAAGACGUCAUGGUCAAAUUGGAAUUGCUUGACCAUAAGCAUGUUCAAGAUUUAUGCACACAAUUACGCCGUCUAAUAGGCAGUUUAACAGAGUACCAUCAAGAUUGCAUAAAAGAAAUGGAAGAAACAGAUAUCUUUCCAAUUGAAAUCGAUUUAAAUAGAGCUUUACAGAAAACUGCUCCGACUACAGAAGUUGAGGCUCAAUAG